AGACCGAGGCGGUCAGGAGCUGUGAUCCCACAGCCCAGACACACACAGACACAGGCCGUGUCAUUCUCUCUUGCCUAACACAACGAGGAGCAGCCGCAGCAGUCAAGGGCCAUCAUCUCUCGAUAAUCUCUCGAUAAUCUCUCGCACAAUCGCUCGAGUGCGCAGACACGGCGUUGGCGAGCGCACGUUCGCGUCCUUUCCUGCGUUGUCUGUGGCUUUGUUGUUGUUGUUGUUGUGUAAACACCCGAGAAGCGCUCGCUUGCACGCCCUGCGAGUGAGCGUUGCGCGCGAGACUCACAUGCCGUUUGCGCUCGCCGCGAUGAUGGACGAGGCGGGAGCCAAGGAGACUGCGAUUGGAGUCGAGUCGAGCGAAGACCUCCAGUCCAGCGGCGACGGGUCCCUCGAGGAAACCGUCAAGACGAGGGACCCCAAGAACGUCAACGAACACCUGAAGAUCAGCUUCGAGGACGUCAUCGCCGAGCCCCGUGACCUGCACAGCUUCGACAAGGUGUGGGUGUGGAGCGACGCACUCUUCGAGGUGGCGCGCAUCUGGUCGUACCGCGUCGUCUCGCUCGUCUUCGCAGUGCCCCUCGCCGUCAUCUCGGCCCUCGUGAUCGCCGUGCUCAGCUGCGUGCACAUCUGGUGCGUGAUGCCGUGCGUGCGGACCUGUCUCAUCUGCAUGCCCAACGUGAGAACCCUUUGGGCGUCGGUGGUGAACACGCUGGUGAUGCCGCUGUGCGACAGCGCGGGCCGCUGCUUCAGCUCCGUCUACGUGCACGUGGCUCGUGAAUGACACCACCACGACAACAACGACAACGACAACAACGACAGCAACCGACCACAGCGAGCAACAACCAACGACGAAAUUUCUACGUUGUGUCCCGACUUGUAGUGUAAUAGUGUUGCUGAACAGUCAGACCCCCCCCACCCACCACCUCGCCCCUCCCCCCCCCCUCUUAUACAACAAAGGAUAUUAUUAUGAUUAUUAUUAUUUCCCAAGUUCUUAUAGAGUCAAGUCAAGAAAAUGUUGGUGACGAUUUGUCACGUUUCUAUCUCAAUCAGUUGAAGCAUCCCGUACAUCACGUGACUUAUGCGUGGCCACCCCACCCUGCAUCCCUCCCAUCUAUAGGUAUCUACCUCUAUAUCCAAAUCAGCUCAAGCCUCCCGUACAUCACGUGACUUCUGUGUGGCCACCUCCAUUCUGAAUCCCUUUUUACUCUCAU